CUUUCACUUCCAAAACAAAGACAAAGAAACCUUCUAUUUCAUAGACAAAUUAACCCUAUCAUAUCGUAGUAUAUAUAUAUAUAAACUUGUUACCCUUUAGCUUUUAGCAUUCUUUUCUAUUAAAUUAUGAAGAACGUUUCAAGAAACAAAUUUUUCCUGUGUUUCCGACCCGUUGUCGACAUGGAUCAACAAGUGCUUGACUCCAAUGCUCAUGUUAAUCACUCCAAGGAUCAGCCUUUAGCAUAUGCUGGCGUUGAAAACAAAAAGAAUGCGAAGCAUUUAAGGUCCAAAUCUUUGAUUUUGGAUUAUGGAUCCUCAACAAGUUUUGAAAAUUCAUUGAUUUUUGGUUCUCCGAGAAAGACAUUUUUCUCCCGAUCGAUCAAAGCUGUAUUUUUUUCAAUCUUCAUUGGUUUAAACCAAGAUAUUUACGGAUCAAGACUUAAUUCCUUGUCGUCAAAUAGCACAAAAUCUUUGGAUACAAGUGCUGGUGACACGGUAAAUAACGUGGACAAUGUCCAAGAAAUUAAAACGAAUUCGGUGUCUUUUUCAUCUUCAUCUUCAUCUAAAUCUGCAUCUUCAUUGAGUUCGUGCUCAUCUUGCUCAACUUCCAUAUCAGAACCAAAUAAUCUCUUAAAACCUCCAAAAACCAUGGGCAACUCCUUGAUAUAUUUACUACUUUUUAGUCUCACAAUGACUAUUUUUCUUGGAAAGCUCAAUGCAAUACUUUUCACAACGAUUUGGUUAUAUUUUCUGCCUCGCUUUCAUGUUUCGGACGAUAUUAGACCAUCAGAGGAUCCCACAAGUUUGGCCGAGAGAAAAGAGUCUAAAGAGUACAAGAAAAGGAUCAUAAUGGAAGGGCUACUUGAAAGGAACUACCGCCUGGCACCAGAGUCACACAGGAGGAGCGCCUAA